AUGGACUCUUUCACGACCUUUCUGGAGCAUUUCUUCGCUCUCCCUGACAAGGAGUAUACCGACACAGAAUCGUGGACUCGCGGCCGUCAGUCACUAUCAACAGUGCUCACUGCGGCUGCGACUGCAAGGGAUGUCAAGAUGCAGGAAGGAGAUGGCAUCGAUGCCGUGUUGGUCCACAUUGUGAUGGACUGCUCUUUUGUGGACGCAGCCGUGGAGCUAUACGUUCUGAAACGCUUGAUUGAGAUGGUUCGAGAGAGACGCCAGCAGGGUGAAGCCGUAACGGUCCUCCUGUCCACCAAGUGUCUUUUUUACAUGCCCGGCAGGACGUACUUCAAAACUAUUGGCUGCACAGAAGCCUUGACCGUGACCGCUGACUGUCGCGAGAUUCCCGAUUCAGACCUCCAGAACAGGAUACGGACAGGCAUCAUCAACACCCGACGCAUGCGUCGACUCAUGAGAUCUAGCCUCCCUGCAGAUGUUUUCUGUGUCGAACUCCUAACAUACUCGUCGGACUGGGCUACAGCGAAACGUGGAAGAACUUACGAGUCCUUUGGGAAGGAGAUCUGGUCGACCGGUCAGGUAAACAAGGCUGUCACCCUUCUUACGGGAAGAGCCUGGAAACAGAAAGGGUCCAGCUCCCAGAUGACCUUUGCUGACAUCGUCAUCGUACUUGAAUACUUGGACCUCUUCCACCCCCAAGAAACAAAGACGGCGGCCAAGACGACGGCGGCCAAGACGACGGAGAAACCAAGCGACGCCGAGGAUUCCCCUAAACCUACACAAGCUGGAUGUUCCCAGGAGUCUGUGUCGCCUGCAGCCACGCCUCCAGAUAGCCAACCAAAAGAUGAAACAAGGGGCUGGCUAUCCGUCGUGUCGCCUGCCGAUUCCCUGAUGGGGCUUGUUGGCAUGGAGAAGCCCAAGUCCCAAUUCAUGGCUAUCAAGGACCUAGUCACCACUGCUCGACGUCAAAAUGCCAGUUUGUCAGAAGAGAGACUCGGGGCAGUCUUCAUCGGCGGCCCGGGCUCAGGAAAGUCCACUGUUGCGGAGCUGUAUGCCGAGUUCCUAUCGUCAUCACAAAUCGUUCCUCGUUCCUCAUUUGAAAAAACCACCGGUUCGCAUUUGGCUUCUGGAGGAGUUGCUGAGGUUCGCAAAAUCAUCGAACGCCUCAAAUUGACCGACAGUGACGAGCAAGACCGUUGCCGCACACGAGGGAUAAUCCUCAUUGAUGAAGCCCAUAAAAUAGCAGACAAGAGCUUGAAUUUUAAUUAUCUCAUGGAUGAGGUCCGGCGGCUCCAGGGAGAUGUUGUGUUCCUAUUUACGGGGCCAGGCGACGAGAUGCAAUCAUUCAUGGGCCUGUCACCAUCAUUUCGAAGCUAUGUUCCAUUCACUUUCAGCUUCGACGAUUUCACCGAUGUGGAACUCCACCUAAUCCUGAUCGGACAACUGCAUCCGAAAUUCCGCGGCCAGAUGCUUGUCGAAGGCGGCAUGAACGGCGUCUGCAUGAGGGUCCUCAGCAGGCGAAUUGGUCGUGGCCGAGGAAGCGGCUGCUUUGCCAACGCUCUAGAGGUUCAGAACACGCUCUGCCGCGUCCUCCUCCGCCAAGCUGAGCGUUUGAGCAGUAGCAAGAGGUCUCAGAAAUCUGCUGACGACAUGUUUCUGACGCAAACGGACCUUCUCGGGCCUCUACCGAGCUCGACUUUGAAGAGCGCCGCCUGGGAGAACUUGCAGGAAAUGACAGGCCUUGCCUCAGUCAAACAAUCGAUCCAGGCUCUGGUCACCCGUCUCCAAACGAACCAUGAGCGCGAGUUGGCGGGGAAGCCUCUGCUAGAGACUUCAUUAAAUAAGAGAACGGAUAUUCGCAGGGCAAAAAACGGAUGGUACAGGGCAAAUUUUUAG